GUUGGGAAUUUUAAGCUCCCUCUCCGAGCCUAGCUCGUCACCAUGAAAAUGUAAUAAUAAUAAAGUCCACUUCUCUGUUCUCCACAAAAAUAAAGUGACAUGCAUAUCUAAGCAGCCUGAGCUUUUUGGUUUUUGAUAAGGAAAAAAGAAAUAUCAGUCACACUUGUUUGCUUCAGAAAUAGAUAUAGAGAUAGAGAGAGAGAGAGAGAGAGAGAGAGAGAGAGAGCUUAUUUUGCUGGCUUUUGGUCCUGUCUUCUAAUUAUUUUUGGUAGCUGUAGACAGUUCAUGUGCUUACUGCUACUUACUUUGUCAUCACUGUCUUCCUUCUUUUCUGUUUCAAGAAUUGUCCUUAGAGUUUCAGUUGAGUCCAGAUUAUAGUCAUUCUUGGUCUUUUCUGGGUACUUUUAAUUUUUUCUCUUUUUGAUGAUUACUUCUUCCUUUCCUUUUUCUUGAUGAUAAAUUUUCUUGUUAUUUUAAGGUGAGAAUUCUGUGUUGCUUUUCCUGUUUCACUGGUUUUAAAGCUUUUUCUUUUAAAGCCAAUUUAGUGUUCCUAGUUUACAAAAGUACAUCUCUUUCAGUCUUUUUAGUACUUAGUUUCAGUCCUUUCUCAAAAGGUUUUCCUGGGUAUCAAUAAACCUUUUUUGAUCUUCAAAAAAUGUUUGUGUCUUUGUGCAAUUGAGUAGUGGAAGUAAAUAAAACUAAGGUUUAUAUCUUUGGUUGGGUAAUUUUAGUAUUCUUUACAAUGCUUUCAACAAAAUCUGAAUCUGAUAUCACAAGUUUAGCCCCAUCAUCACCUUCAAGGUCUCCAAAACGACCUGUAUACUAUGUGCAAAGCCCUUCAAGGGACUCGCAUGAUGGGGACAAGUCAUCCUCUAUGCAACCAAGUCCAAUGGAGUCACCUUCACACCCUUCCUUUGGUCGCCACUCGAGAAAUUCAUCGGCUAGUAGGUUUUCUGGGAUAUUCAGGUCCUCUUCAGGAAGGAAAAGUAACAGGAAAAGAAAUGAGAAAGGGUGGAAUGAUAAAGGGUGGCCUGAAUGUAAUGUGAUCAUGGAAGAAGGUGACUAUGAUGAGGAUAAAGCCUUUACUAGACGGUGUCAGGCCUUGAUUGCUCUUUGUAGUUUUAUACUUUUGUUUACAGUGUUUUGCUUGAUUAUUUGGGGUGCUAGCAGACCUUACAAAGCUGAGAUUAUUGUCAAGAGCUUGUCCGUAAGUAACCUCUAUGUUGGGGAAGGCUCAGACUUCUCUGGUGUUCCGACAAAGAUGCUCACGGUGAAUGGCUCGUUGAGGAUGAGCAUAUACAACCCUGCUUCCAUAUUUGGCAUUCAUGUUAGCUCUACACCAAUCAAUCUCAUCUACUCAGAAAUCCCAGUUGCAACUGGUCAGUUGAAGAAAUAUUAUCAACCUAGAAAGAGCAGGCGAACUGUAUCAGUAAUUGUGAAAGGGGAGAAGGUUCCCUUAUAUGGAGCUGGAUCAGGUUUAACAGUUUCGCAAACCGGCAUUAUAGUUCCACUGACACUGCAAUUCGAAAUCCGAUCUCGAGGGAAUGUAGUGGGAAAGCUUGUGAGAACGAAGCAUAGAAAAUUUAUAUCUUGCCCUGUGGUCCUUGAUUCUACUAAAUCAAAACCAAUCAAGUUCAAGAAGGAUACAUGCACAUAUGAUUGAAUCUCAUCUGAAGAGUUAAACCUGUGAUUCACGUCCUAGUUGAGUUGCUGAACUUCCCUGGAACGAAAAGAAAUUACCAGCAGCUUGGAGAAAUGCAGUUACUUUAGUUCUCUAAAUUUCUGUCUUUGGUUCUGCACAUGUAAGAUAUGUGGAAAUAAAUACUUAUACUUUGUCUGCAUACUGCAGGUAAAAUUUUUCAAAGUCAUAAAUGUAUAUUUAUGCGAGUUUGGAUUUCUUUUGAGUAGAUUUCAUUGCAUGAAAGAAACUGAUGUUGAGGAAGGUUUCUGUUUUCAGAUCAAUGUUUAGGAAUGGUGGUGGUCUUAAGUUCUUCCAAGUUUAUGGGACGGACUGUCUGUUUAAAUUUUACUGUUCAAAUUAUUGGGCUACUACAUCACUAAGUGUAUAUCAAUUGUCGGUAUGGUCUGUCUC